AUGUCGUCUUCACAGUUUGGAACGAGAGCGUACAGCUCUCAAAGGAUCCCUCUCGUCUUGAGCCCACAGGACGUGAACAACCUCAGGCAUUCCCAGCAGGAGCAAUCCGAUAUUGCGCUACUCGAUGCUACUUGGUUUAUGCCCAACUCACCUAGGAACCCACAGAAAGAGUUUCUGGAACGACGUAUUCCAGGUGCUCAGCGCUUGGACUUGGACGCAGUCGCGAGUGAACACGAACUCGGACUCAAACACAUGAUGCCCAGCAAGGCCAUCUUCGCAAAGGCGUGUGGUGAACUCGGAAUCUCUCCCGAUUCCCAUGUGGUAAUCUACGACAGCCAUGGCGUCUUCUCCUCCCCGCGUGCACUCUUCAUGUUCCGCGCCUUUGGCCACGAAAAGUCAAGUAUCAUCAACGGAGGUCUUCCCCGAUGGAUCGACGAGGGUCUCCCAAUUGACACUGAAGCACCUUUGACACCUUCACCCGUCCAAUAUGAACCUCCCCCUCGAUUCCGUCCAGAGACUGUCCGAUCUUACAUGGAUGUCGUCCUCAACUCGCAAUUCGACCCCAAAUCCAACGCACUCUCCGAGCUCGUCUUAGACGCACGCUCCAAAGGACGCUACCUCGGCACCGACCCCGAACCCCGCCCAGGCCUCUCCUCAGGACACAUCCCGCACUCCAUCUCCCUCCCCUUCAACCUCUUCCUCAAGCAGAACAAGGCCCAAUCCGGUAACCUAUCCUCCGACUACACCACCCUCCUGCGCCCCUCCGAAAUCCGCCAGGUCCUCGAAGACACCCUCGGAGAGCAGGAGGUCGAGGACAUCAUCGCCGGUGACCGGUCCGUCGUAGCGAGCUGCGGGAGUGGUAUGACAGCCGGCGUGUUGUGGCUUGGACUGCAGCUCUUGGGUGCUCGGAAAGUAGCGAUCUAUGAUGAGUCCUGGACGGGAUAUGCGAUGCGACCCGAGAGCAAGAUCGUCAAAUCGGACGGCGCUUAA